AUGUCGCCCUCGCGAGCCGUCGCGAUACGUUUGCGUUUGCGGAACACAGUGUUGGCGCAGCGGCACACCGUUGGCGGUAGCAAAAAGCGGCUACUGUUUGGCCAUCAAAAGCAGAAGAAACCGUGGUCAAAAAUGUGGGUCUCAACCAACAAAGUGCUGAUCGGAUCGGUGGGCGGACUGAAGAAAACGCACUGUCGCAAUCCGAACUUUGACUGCGAGGAAACGAAGCUGCUGAUAUCGCUGUGGGGUGACCCACUGGUGCAGCGGACGCUCAUCACCACGCACAAGAAACAUCCGGUAAUAGCGAAGCUGGCGGAAAAGAUGCGCGAGUACGGGUACAACCGUUCGACGGAGGAAAUUAACACGCGCAUCAAGAACCUCAAGUGUUUCUACAACCGCAUCAAGAAGGAUCUGGAAACGGGCGUUAUUAACGAACCGUCCUGGAAACAUUUCCACGCGAUGGAUGAAAUCUUGACGCGGCCAGUUUUUGGCGGUGCUAAUGCAGCAAGCCGUUAUCAACCCACACCGGUUGCAUCGGGAUCGGGUUCUGGUCCGACAAAUGCUGCCGGCAGUGGCCGUGUAGCUCGUCCGAGUCUGUCCGCCGGUUCGGCGAGCGGACCGGAGCUGCCGGAGCUCGAUCCGGAACAGAUCGAGGUGAAGCUGGAGUUGGUAAGCGACGAGGAAAAGGAAAUACGGCCGGAGGACCUGCUGAAGAAUGCGGAACAGGUCGAACUCAAGGAGCCCAACCUGCUGAUACCGAAGGAUGAACCGAUGGAGGAAGACGAAGACGAUCCGAAUGAUCCGGACUUUGAGGAUGAGGGUGGAAGCGAAACAGACGAUGAAAGCUCCGGCAUGGAUGAGGCUGAUGAAAGCGAUCGAUCGACCCGGCUAAGACGUCGCACGCGGCGUGCACAUAAAACCAAGAAAUCUAAUCCAACUCCUGGCGGGAAGACCCCAUCGACCAAUGCCAGUGUCGCUACGAAAGGAAAUGGUUCGACGAGCAGCACCACAGCACAGCCGGUGCCCGGAACGAUAAAGAUUAUUAAUUACGCCGGCGGUGCCAACUUUAAACUGUCCACGGUAGCAAACGUCGUCAGUGCGGCAACAUCCGUUGCGUCUACGGUCGGCGUAACGACUCUUGCUGGGAAAUCGGAUGCAACGACCACUACCACCACUGCACCGAGCAAAAUUUCUCUCGUACCGACCAACUUCCUGCUGAAUCCACAAGCGUCCGGCAUCGGCUUUAAGCAACCGAUACAGCUGUACACGAAACCGACCGUAUCAAUCGCGGCCACCAAACCAUCGCCGGGCGCGCAACCGAUUGUGUCCGUCGGUGCGACCGGUGGAGUGACAACGUCAACCGCCGGCACGCCCGGUGCACCGAUGAAAGUGUUUCUAGUCAACACACUCUCCAAGGAUGGGUCGUCCUCCAAGCAGCAGCUCCUCACGUCGGCAGCCACCAAACAGCUCUAUACCACCUCGACCGGUGUAUCGCUGCAAGGUACCUCGCACGUGUCCGGCCUCCCACAGAUCAGCAUCCAGCCGAAGCAGCUACUGAACGCCCCCGGUACGGCAACGCUCGGUAGAAACAUUAUACGAACCGCGACCACCAUACCGACGGUGCGACCGGCUGCCACACCUACACCGAAGCUCGGCGGCUUUAAGUCCCUGCUGAAUCAGCUCGUUGGGUUGCAGCGCGAAAAUCUGGGCAUUACGAGAAUGCGCCUGGUAGCGGAGAAGGAACGGUUUGGCAAUGAAAAGUCCGUUGCGAAUUCGUUGCUGGAUGCGCUCGGCGAGCUGAAUGCGCUGCUGACAGAAGUCAAUGGUGGGCUGCCGGAAAUGAAAGAAUCGGAAGAGGAUGAUGAAGAGAAUGAGGAGGAGGAGGACGAAGAAGAGGCCACAGUUAAGAUAUUGAGUGAUAGUCCAAUCUCUAGUCCGGGGCGCAGCGUUAGCCGACACGACGAUGACAUGAAAACGGAAGUGAUCAGUGAUUCGGAGGAAAGUUAG